AUGGCCGCGGUGGCAUCCCCCCCUAGCGAAAGCGAGCAGGCGGCUGCUCGUGAGCCAAAGCCAAAGCCAAAGCCAACACCAACCCCCCCACCUUCCUGCCCGCGGGCCACACUCGAUCCGCAGCUGUUCAUGGCUGCUCGCUGUGGUGACAGCAAGCGUCUCAAGGAUCUGCUCGAGCUCAAGGACGACGACGUCGUCGAGGGCGAGCAAGCCACACGGAAUGCCGCGGCCACAUCUGUAGCGGCGGUGGCAGAACAAGUCUCUAUAGAUGUGGAAGUUGAUCGUCAUUCGGGCGCGCCGCUAGUCCCGGUAGUCCUUGAUGAGGAUGAGAUGACGACCAUAGAGGGGGACUCCCUGCUGCACGUGGUUGCAGCAUGCGGCGACGGCGAGGACUUCAUCGACUGCGCCAAGAUGAUCGUCCGCGACUACUACGGGCACAAAGGCGGCGGCGGUGCUGCUGCGAUGCGCCUAGCACUGGAAGCGCCUAACAACAAGGGCGACACGCCCCUGCACUGCGCUACCCGUGCUGGGAACGUCAACAUGAUGUCUUGCCUCGUCGAUCUGCUGACCGAAGCCACCGCCGCCGACGAGGCGGCGGUGAAGAAGUUCCUGAGAAGGAAGAAUAGGUGUGGGGAGACCGCGCUGCACCAGGCGGUCCGCGCCGCCAGCAAGGCCGCCAUCGACAAAUUACUUUCCGUGGAUCCGGUGCUGGCGUGCAGCAGUAGCCGGGCCCGGGAGGAGGAUGCUCAUGCUGGUGCUGCUUGCUCCCCGUUCUUCCUGGCCGUUUCAUUAUGGGGUGAGCAUGAUGAAAUGGAUAUCGCACGCCAUCUCUUCGUUAAAACAAGGCGUAGCAUCAGAAGCGAGCUAUCCUACUACUGCUCCGGACCAGAUGGACGGAACGUCUUGCACGCGGCUGUUUCACGUGCUAGCGUGAAAACAGUUGUUCUACUCUCGCAGCUGCUGACGGGUGCUGCUGCUGCCAGCGCCAGCGUGGGAAUGGAAACAGCACCUGGUCUGCUGCUACUCUCGCAGCUGGCCAGCCAGAGGGACAAGGAGAACGGGAGCACACCUCUUCACUUGGCUGCAUCCCUGGAUGGCUUGCCGUCGUCACUGCUAAUUUUUCCUCCCCAACUUCUGCCGCCACCGCCAGGGACCACACCGCUUUGGCCAUUAUUGGGCACGGAUGCAGCAAGCGUGAGUGUCCACAAGGUGGUGGCUCGGCUAGUUUUAGGCGGGAGCCGCUACUCGCAGAUACUCCCGCUUAUGCUAUCCCUCGUGCUGAAUGCUAACGUGGCCAUGGCAUAUCAGCCGGACAAGACAGGUCUGUACCCUAUACACGUCGCUGCAGGGAGUGGCAGCCUCCGCGUCGUGGAGAUGCUGCUGAAGAGGUGCCCGGACUGCGCCACCCUGCGGGAUGCCAAGGGAAGGACGCUCCUCCACGUCGCUGCAGAGGAGGGUCGCUACAACGUGGUCAGAUAUGUGUGCCGCCAGAGCCAGAGCCAGAAGCAGAGGCAGAGCCGACGUGCCCGUCCGGGUUCAGCUGCUGCAGCUGCAGCUGCAACUGCAAGGCUAGCAGGUCUCUUGUCCUCGAUCCUGAAUGCUCAGGACAUGAACGGGGACACUCCACUGCACCGCGCUGUCCAUGCUGCCCAGCUUCGAGUCGUCCUACACCUUAUUCGGAACCAGCAGGUGCGCUUGGAUGUACCCAAUAAUGUGGGCAUGAGGCCUAUUGAUGUUUCAUGGACGACCUUGCCACUAGAGGCCUAUUACGCAUGGGAUCAAAGAUUAUGGAUACGAAGAUCACUGUUACGAUUAGGAGCUCCCUAUGGUGAAAAUAAUCGGGGCGACCUGUUCCGCAAAAAAUGCGUCCUCUCCAACCAAGACGACGAGAAGAAGAUGUCGGAGAAUCUAACAGCUGCAGCACAAGUUCUAGCCCUUUUCUCCGUUCUCAUUACAACCGUGACAUUUGCAUCAGCUUUUACGUUGCCCGGAGGCAGCCGAUCAGCCGGCGACGGCACUGGUGGUGGUGUCGCCGGCACACCGGUGCUUGGCGGGCCCCGGAGGAGCUACGCUUUUGAUGCGUUUAUCCUCGCCGACGCCCUGGCGUUUGGCCUCUCUCUCUUGGCUACCUCCAUCCUGCUCUAUGCCGGGGUGCCUGCUGGGAGCCUACAGGGACGCUUCCUUCUCAUUAAUUUUGCAUACGGCUUGAUGUGGCAUUCUGGAAGGAGCCUGCUGGCUGCGUUUGGCCUGGGGCUCUUCGUGGUCCUGCUUCCAGUUGCCCGCUCCAUUGCAAUUGCGGUCGCUGUCUUGAUGAUUGCUCUUGCAGUUGCGAUCCUUAAGGAAAGCGAAGGCAUCAUUUCUCUGGGUGACAUUCCUAUAAUUGGAAUUGGCAGAAGUCGACAACUGUCACCACGCGACCGAGUGUUAGGCUCGAUUCUUUUUGUCUUCGGCCACUUCUGGUCCUACGUACUAAUCUUUGGCUUCCCAGCAAUUCGAAGGUGGCCAAGGUUUACCUUAAGUCCUUACUAA